AUGGCUUGGGACUCCAAGUCAUCGCGGCGGCGCCAGAGCAAUGCCGCAACAAAAUCUACGUCUACCCAGCCGAUGAAAUCGUCUCCCACUCUCAUCUUCGAGCCGAAGUCCACACACGUUGCAGACCCCGCGCUCCAGCCAUUCUUGAACCCUGCCUUUGACGCUGCAGAAUAUCUCAAUAUGGCCCUACCUUCUCUCCAACCCCAAACCACCAAUGCUACGAACUCGCAGUCCGCAGCCGCGAAAGGAAGCGUACCUCUCGCGGAGCUAUCAACCCAGACCCAGGCCCUCCUCUCCCAACUUAGCGCACACACAACAAGACUCACGUCGACCCUCACCCAACUCACCGAUGAGAUUCUUCGAAGCGGAAGCCGCUUAGCAUACGAGGUUGAGGUAUUGCGUGGGGAUACGCAUAACCUAUCGGAAGCGUUAACCGAAAGCCUACAAGAGGAUGUGGCUAGUUUCGUACCCGGUGGUUUAGAUGCCGCCCAAGAGCGAAAGCAGUCAACACUCGGGGAAGGAAAUGAGCAGACAGGGCCUUCUUCGAGAGGCGUCUCAGCGAAGUUGCCAAUUGCAGAAGCAGACAAGGCCAUCGUCGAUCCACCUUAUAUUACGAAAUUACGCACGCUCACGCUUGUACGAUCUCGGUUGGAUACCGUGAUAAAGACGUUUGGUGAUGCUAUGGCCUGGACGUUUCCGCCCUCAGAAGUUUCGGUAUCUUCUUCUUUCCUGUCUGUUUCUGCCCCUGAACCAGGCUCGGCAAUGCAUAGUACGGAAGAGAAAGGACACCAGGUGUCGAAGAAGCUUCGGGACGAGAUCGCUGAUUUGCUAAUCGGCGGAGAUCCCGUCGAUGGAAUUGAAGCCGCUGCGAAGAGGGUAGAAGAGCUUAAGGAACUGGCAAUAGUAUGGAAAGGUACAGCAGAAGAAAGAGCGCGGGUCAAGUUUGUGGAGAGUCUGGCAAAGCUUGUGGAAGAUAGGCAUAAGGAGUUGCUGCGUGAUUCGGAACAAGCCUCACGGCUGAACCAAAAGGUGGAGAAGCUUUCUCAAGAAGCCAAGGCGGGUGGCAAUACCGAAGACGCGAAAUCCCAAGGAGGCUAUGGAUUCCUUAGCCAUUUACAAAAGUUAAGGGGAGCCACAUAG